UCUAUAGUCUUGCAAGUUUGGAUGUAGACUUUUCCAUUUACAACAGUAAAAUCCUGUCGGAUUUACAAAUUGUCAACUCUCACUGAAUGCCCACGGAUCCAGUUAGCAUAGGUUAUCACCUUAACUUUUACUUGCUAAUUCCCAAUCCAACGGUUCCCGUUCCUCCCCUGUCCAAACACAAAAAUGAACCGCUGCGCAGUGUGAACAGUGAUCUCUCUCCUCUUUUCCCCUGUAUUUUCUUCAGGUUGCCCAUAACGUAGCGCCACGUUUAUACUUGGAUCAGACCGUACUCGAUCUGCCCUCUCAUAUUCCUUUGAAAAUGAUGCCGCCGGCGCUCCAACCCCGCUCCUUCCGACCCUACAUCUCAUCGUCAAUAAGCGCCCCUUCAUUAUCUUCCUUCAACGAUGCUUCUUCCCAUUACUCCGCCUCCGAACCCGAACCCGACCCCGACCCCGACCCCAACCCUAUCUCCAGUUUCAACUCUGACCGAUCCUCCCCUUCUUCCUCUCGAUCUCUCAAGAACUCCCGGUUCUCUCCUUCCUCUUUCGCUCACAACGCCCGUCUCGCCAUCGCUCUCGUCCCUUGUGCCGUAUUCCUUUUCGACCUCGGCGGAGCCCCCGUCAUUGCAACCCUAACCCUAGGACUUAUGAUCACUUACAUCAUCGAUUCGCUCAACUUUAAAUCCGGCGCUUUCUUUGGCGUUUGGUUCUCUCUACUCGCCGCUCAGAUCGCUUUCUUCUUCAGCGCGUCUCUUUACUACUCUUUCAAUUCCUCUCCUCUCUCCAUCGUCGCCGCCUUUCUCUGCGCCGAAACGAACUUCCUUAUUGGCGUGUGGGCUUCGCUUCAGUUCAAGUGGAUUCAAAUUGAAAACCCGUCGAUUGUCCUAGAUUUGGAGCGGCUCCUCUUCGCCUGCGUUCCUUUUGCCGCUUCUUCAAUCUUCACUUGGGCUACCGUCUCCGCUGUAGGUAUGAACAAUGCCUCUUACUAUCUAAUGGCUUUCAAUUGCGUUUUCUAUUGGGUUUUCGCAAUUCCUAGAGUUUCUUCUUUUAAAACUAAACAAGAAGUAAAGUAUCAUGGUGGAGAGAUUCCUGAUGAUAAUUUGAUUCUUGGUCCACUCGAGAGUUGUCUCCAUACUUUGAAUUUACUGUUUUUUCCUCUCAUUUUCCAUAUCGCAUCGCAUUACAAGGUGAUGUUCUCGUCGGCUGCUUCUGUCAGUGAUUUGUUUCUUCUUUUCUUUAUUCCUUUCUUAUUCCAAUUAUAUGCUUCAACAAGAGGGGCAUUGUGGUGGGUCACGAAAAAUGCUCACCAGCUGCGUAGCAUACAGUUAGUCAAUGGUGCAAUUACAUUGGUUGUUGUUGUGAUUUGCCUUGAGAUUAGAGUUGUGUUUCGUUCGUUUGGGAGGUACAUUCAGGUGCCACCACCCAUAAAUUAUCUUCUUGUUACUACUACAAUGCUUGGAGGGGCUGCUGGAGCUGGUUCUUAUGCACUGGGAAUGAUAUCGGAUGCAUUUAGCGUUUUGGCCUUCACUUCUUUGGCUGUUGUUGUCAGUGCUGCUGGGGCCAUUGUGGUUGGAUUUCCAAUACUGUUUAUUCCAUUACCUUCAGUUGCUGGCUUUUACUUGGCUCAUUUCUUUACAAAGAAGAGCCUUCAAUCUUAUUUUGCCUUUGUUGUGCUUGGGAGCUUGAUGGUCAUGUGGUUUGUGCUACAUAAUUGCUGGGAUCUAAAUAUAUGGUUGGCAGGCAUGUCCUUGAAAUCCUUUUGUAAACUACUUGUUUUGGAUGUUCUUCUAGCCAUGGUUGUUCCUGGUUUAGCCCUUCUUCCUCCGAAACUUCAUUUUUUGACUGAAGUUGGUUUAAUCAGCCAUGCAUUGCUUCUAUGCUACAUUGAGAAUCGGUUUUUCAGUUACUCAAGCAUAUACUAUUAUGGAUUGGAUGAUGAUGUAAUGUAUCCAAGCUACAUGGUCAUCCUGACGACAUUGGUUGGCUUUGCACUUGUGCGAAGACUAUUUGUGGAUCAUCGAAUUGGACCCAAGGCUGUUUGGAUUUUGACUUGUCUGUAUUCCUCGAAGCUGGCUGUGUUGUUUAUUACAUCAAAGUCUGUUGUGUGGGUAUCUGCUGUCCUUUUGUUGGCUAUUUCGCCUCCAUUGCUUCUUUACAGGGAUAAGUCAAGAACAGCAUCAAAGAUGAAAGCCUGGCAAGGCUAUGCACAUGCUGCAGUGGUUGCAUUAUCAGUCUGGUUUUGCCGUGAAACAAUUUUUGAAGCAUUACAAUGGUGGAAUGGUAGACCCCCGUCUGAUGGUUUACUUCUAGGCUUUUGUAUUCUUUUGAUAGGAUUGGCUUGUAUAGCCAUAGUUGCUCUACAUUUCUCUCAUGUCAUGUCUGCAAAGCGAUGCAUUGUAUUGGUGGUGGCAACAGGUCUCCUGUUUAUCCUAAUGCAGCCACCAAUUCCAUUAACAUGGACUUAUCGAUCCGACCUAAUCAAAGCUGCACGUCAGUCUGCUGAUGAUAUUUCCAUAUAUGGCUUCAUGGCAUCAAAACCUAGUUGGCCCUCUUGGCUCCUUAUAUUGGCAAUUCUUCUCACUUUAGCUGCUAUGACGUCCAUCAUACCCAUUAAGUACAUUGUAGAGUUGAGAGCAUUUUACUCCAUUGCAAUGGGUAUUGCUCUUGGUGUUUAUAUAUCUGCUGAGUUUUUCCUUCAGGCUGCUGUCCUUCAUGCCCUCAUCAUUGUAACAAUGGUUUGUGCAUCUGUUUUUGUGAUCUUCACCCAUUUUCCAUCUGCCUCCAGCACAAAGCUCCUACCAUGGGUGUUUGCCCUCCUUGUGGCUCUAUUUCCUGUGACUUACCUAUUAGAAGGUCAAGUGAGAAUUAAAAGCUUCCUUGGAGAUAAUGAAUUUGGGGGCAACGGUGAGGAAGACAGGAAGCUUACAACUCUAUUGGCUGUUGAGGGGGCAAGGACAUCUCUUCUUGGUCUGUAUGCAGCAAUCUUUAUGCUUAUAGCUUUGGAAAUAAAAUACGAACUUGCAUCACUUAUACAGGAAAAGACUCUUGAGAGGGGUGCAGUUAGACACAAUCAGUCUGUUCAAAGCAAUUGUGCGGCAUUACCACCACGAAUGAGGUUCAUGCAACAACGCCGUGCCUCUGCUGUGCCAACCUUCACAAUUAAAAGGAUGGCUGCUGAAGGGGCAUGGAUGCCCGCGGUUGGUAACGUUGCUACUGUGAUGUGCUUUGCCAUAUGCCUGAUCCUCAAUGUCAAUCUCACUGGUGGAUCAAAUCAGGCAAUAUUCUUCCUGGCUCCUAUAUUACUGCUGCUCAACCAGGACUCUGAUUUUGUUGCUGGAUUUGGGGACAAGCAAAGAUAUUUCCCUGUUAUAGUGGUCAUAUCAGUCUAUUUGGUUUUGACCACACUAUAUAGCAUACUGGAAGAAGUAUGGCAUGGAAAUGCUGGGUGGGACAUUGAAAUUGGGGGUCCUGGUUGGUUCUUUGCAGUCAAGAAUCUAACCCUCCUGAUUCUUACCUUCCCGAGCCACAUCCUGUUCAACCGGUUUGUAUGGAGUUACUCAAAGCAGACAGAUUCGAUACCACUGCUAACAUUGCCCCUAAAUCUGGCUUCCAUCUUAAUAACGGAUUUGACUAAGAUUAGGGUUUUGGGGUUUUUAGGAAUUAUUUAUUCCCUGGGCCAGUAUUUAAUAUCUAGACAGCAUUAUAUCUCCGGAUUGAAAUAUAUUUAGACUUUAGACAAAUGGAUGAUCUGUGCAAUAUAUUUUGGCAAUUUUCAAAUGAGACGUCAAAGUUCAGGUUGUUUUUCACUUGCUCUCACACUCAGGUGGUCUUCCCUUUGGGCUCGUCAAUGCUAGAAUCGAGUUUGGGUGCGUUUGAGUUUUUUACUGAAAAUAAUUAUAUCGAGUUUCAUGAAAGUAACGUAACGCACCGGUCAUUGAUUCUGCUUGUUCUUGAUUUAACUUUGUAGAUGUCUUUACGGAGAUAUUCGCGAUGCAGUGUUUGAAGACGAUCUGCUUAUAUUCUCAUGCAUAUGUCGCUUCCUUUAAGUCAUCAGCACUAUUAUUCUACUGAUAUGUCGCUUCCUUUACGUCUUCAGCACUUCUCGCAUCCAAAUUUCUAGGCUGGUACCUAAUCAGCUCUCGGGAAUCUGUUUAGUCGCAAAAAGGAAAAAAAAAAAAAAAAAUCAAAUGAAACCCAUUUCAUUUCCCAAUGGAUUUUAUUCGGUUAAUGUAAUCAAUGUAUUGGUAAGGAAGUAGUACCUCUCUUAUUGUGUUUGCUCAAUUAGUAGAAUAGGAAUAAUUUUUUGUCAAAGGCUUCGUACUUACAAAAAGUGUUUCAAU